CGACGUUUUUUUCGGCCUUCCCGCCCUGAUAGCACUUCGAGCCAAUCUGGACUUCGAAAGGCGAUCGAUUGUACUCCGAAAUACGGGAGGCAAACCCUAUGUUGUACCGAUGAGACUGACUCUAUGCACUACCGUUAACAUAACCCCGCGAGUUUCUCCCGCGAUGACAAGGACCCUUCGCAUGAUUACCUGGGACAACGGGCAGACGUCCAAGGACGCAGACAACAGCGAUGGCGAUGAUGAUCCCGAAAUAUUGGAGAUGGCGCGAGAACGUAUUCAUUACCCCGUGCAGCGGACGAAAGCCAAAGCCCCAAGCAGAACUAAUCAAGAUUUGCAGAGAACACAGGCGAUGAUUAUGGGAGAACCUCUCGUACAAAUUUCAAGGAUGAUCGAUUCUUUGGAACCCCCUCGAACCUUGUACGAAGGAAUCUCCCCUCUUCUCGCCCGAUACAAUGACACAAGACACUACUGCGACAUCACGGGUCUUCCGAAGUCUCUGUUGACACCUGCAAAAGAGAUCCGAUUGUUACGCUUAGGGGCAGAAAUCAACUCUUUGGAACCCCCUGAGCGCCUCGAGAGCGGACUCGGAAUCAAGAUCGUCACGAAACCCGUGCCGUGGCAGGACAUUCGAGACGGAGUGACGCCUGAAGAACACGUGUCCAUCCGAGAGCAGGAUGCACAAAUGAUGGCCACAGCGUUCUCCUGGCGAUCGGAUAACUCCUUCAUCUCCGCACCCCCGUCGGAAAACACCAAGCGAAUGAAUAUGAAACACAUUGAUGUACGGAUUUGGGACGAGUUAUACGAGUUGCACGUACCUCGAUACGUACUUGAUGAGAUUCAUCACCUGAUCGCAAACAUCCUGAAAGAAUACAAAGAAGUGAUUAGUGUGACAAACACAGACAUUGGACUAUCAGUAGUCAUACAACACGAAAUUCAGACGGGGAAUCAUUCCCCGAUUCACUGCAAACCUUACAGAUAUUCCCUAGUAGAACGAAAAAAGGCUCUCGAACGGAUUCAGAAAUUUGAAGCAAGCGGUUGGAUUGAACCCGCCACCGGACCAUGGUCAUUUCCAGUAGUAUUAGUACCAAAAAAGAACGGAUCGAUCCGCAUAUGCAUUGAUUAUCGUAAACUGAAUGACAUCACGAUUAAAGAUGUGUAUCUCCUCCCCCGGAUUGAUGAUUUGUUGGAUGCGAUUGGGUGUGCUAAUUACUUCAGUAAGUGUGAUAUUCGGCAUGGCUUCCAUCACAUUCUGGUUAAGGAGGAAGAUCGGCCGAAAACGGCCUUCAUGUUGUUUGAAGGCACGUGGCAGUGGGUUCGAUGCCCAAUGGGGAUUUGCAAUGCGCCGGCCACGUUUCAGCGGGCCAUGAACGUCACGUUUCAGAACUUCGUCAACAAGACACGGUUAACGCAGGGCAUGAUCAACUUCUGCGUCAUAGUGUACAUGGAUGACAUCCUGGUUUAUUCGGAGACCUAUCACGGGCAUGCGCAGCAUGUCGAGUGGACACUAGGUGCUCUAAGAGACGCUGGAUUCAAGAUUGCGCUCGAAAAAAGCGAAUUUUUCCUUUCGGAAAUUUCGUUCUUGGGCUACGUCGUGACACGUGGAGGAUUGUGGCCUGACUCGAGAAAGGUCGCAGCGGUGAAAGAAGCUCCUGUUCCCACGUUACUGACGCAGGUUCAAGCCUUCUUGGGGUUAGCCUCGUACUAUCGUCGCUUCAUCAAGGGCUUCGCCGUGAUUGCACGACCCUUAACGAACCUGUUACGAAAGGACCAGCCCCUCAGUUGGGACGCGGAGUGCGCGCAGGCCUUCUCGAUCCUCAAGGAAGCUCUAGCAAUGACACCUAUUUUUAUCCGACCGGACCCCUCGAAGCAGUUCAUUCUCAUCACGGACUGGCAACCGGAAGUUAUUUCCGCUAUUUUAGCGCAGAAGGGGAAUGAUGGUCAAGAGCAUGUCAUAGAGUAUGCGUCACACACGGUGUCGGACAAAUGGAGGAACGACUCAGCCCCACAAGGCGAAUGCUACGCAGUGGUGUGGGGAAUCCAGCACUUUCAUCUGUAUCUGUACGGACAGAAGUUCCUCCUUGUCACCGAUCAUGAGCCCCUGUUAGCGCUGAAGAGGCUCACUAAUUACACGGGCAUGAUUGGUCGUUGGGCAGUGCGCCCACAGGAGUACGACUUCGACAUUAUCCAUCGAAAGACAGAGAGACACGGCAACGCGGACGGGCUGACACGACUGCAUUGACCAGCUAAGGUGCCUAAAGC